AUGCGCUGGCUGUGGCCCUUGGCCUUUUGUCUCACUGCGGUAUUGGCCACUGGCCUGAGCAGGGGCUCGGGUGGGCACGGAGCCCAGGCCCAGGGUCAGCAGAGCCGAGACAAGAGGGGCGCCGAGGAUGAGGACACCAAGGGCGUGCAGCACUAUGUACCCAAGGAAUGGUCUGAGUACCCCCGGCCCAUCCAUCCUGCGAGCCUGCAGCCCUCCCAGCCCCCAGGGGCCACCAGCCCCAAGCCAGGCAGUGGGCAGGGGCUGAGGGGCAAUCUGACGGGAAUGCCGGGCCAGAGGCUACGCAUUCAGAACCCGCUGUACCCAGUGACCGAGAGGUCCUAUGGCGCCUACGCUGUCCUGCUCCUGGCCCUGGUGCUGUUUGCUGUGGGCAUCGUGGGCAACCUGUCAGUCAUGUGCAUCGUGUGGCACAGCUACUACCUCAAGAGUGCUUGGAACUCCAUCCUUGCCAGCCUGGCCCUCUGGGACUUCCUGGUCCUCUUCUUCUGCCUGCCGAUCGUUAUCUUCAAUGAGCUCACCAAGCAGAGGCUGCUGGGAGACGUCUCUUGUCGGGCCGUGCCCUUUCUGGAGGUAUCCUCUCUCGGAGUCACCACCUUCAGCCUGUGUGCCCUGGGCAUUGACCGUUUCCACGUAGCCACCAGCACACUGCCCAAGGUGAGGCCCAUUGAACGGUGCCAGUCAAUUGUGGCCAAGCUGGCUGUCAUCUGGGUAGGCUCCAUGACCCUGGCUGUGCCUGAGCUGCUGCUGUGGCAGCUGGCGCAGGAGCCCAGCCUGGCCAUGGACCCCGAGGACUCGUGCGUCAUGAAACCGUCAGCCAGCUUGCCUGAGUCCCUGUACUCACUGGUGUUGACCUAUCAGAAUGCCCGUAUGUGGUGGUACUUCGGCUGCUACUUCUGUCUGCCCAUCCUUUUCACGGUCACCUGCCAGCUGGUGACAUGGCGAGUGCGGGGCCCUCCGCCAAGGCGCGGGCCGGAGUGCAGGGCCGGCAAACACGAGCAGUGUGAGAGCCAGCUUAACCGCACAGUGGUGGGGCUCACGGUGGUCUACGCCCUGUGCACGCUGCCCGAGAAUGUGUGCAACGUUGUGGUGGCCUACCUUUCCACUGAGCUCCCCCGCCACACGCUGGGCCUGCUGGGUCUGGUCAACCAGUUCUCCCUCUUCUGCAAGGGCGCCGCUACGCCCGUGCUGCUGUUGUGCGUCUGCAGGCCACUGGGCCAGGUUUUUCUCGACUGUUGCUGCUGCUGCUGCUCUUGCUGCAACGAGUGCGCAGGCAUCUCUGAGGCCCCAGCGCCCAGCGGCUCCGGCUCCGACAAGCUCAAGGCCGAGGUGUCCUCCUCCAUCCACUUCCACCAACCCAGGGAGUCAUCCCCGCCUCCACCCCUGGGCACGCCUUGCUGA